UCCGUUAUUGGUAUUGUUUAACUUGAAUUAGGUUAUACUGAUAUGAUUAAAUGGAAUUAUAGAAUCAGUUUUUAAUUUCAGCUAAGGAAAGACAAUACCAAAUAAGUGAUAAUCAUAUUGUACACAUUUAAGAUGUUUAAUUUUAAAAAUAUGCUAUUUUUCAGAUGAGACAUUUCGAGAGAAAUACUGCGAAGUAUUCUUCUCAUCAAACAAUGUCGAAGGCACAGGUUCAACUAUUUCUGAAACUGUACCUGAUCAAAUUACUGUACCAAGGAAGUGUGGGAACAAGUUAGAUUCUGUAAGUAGUAUAUUUUAUGAGUUUAAAAAUUAUAGCUUACAUUAUGAAGCAGUUAUUUCUAAGAAAACAAGAUCUGUUAUUUUGAAAUAAAACCCUUCAUUUUAUUAAUUUAUACAUUUAACAUAUUUAUGAUAAAAUACUUUAAGUUUGAAUAUUUUUGUGAAUAGUCUUUAUAGAUUCUUUAAUUAAGUUUUCAGAAACUUACUUUAUAGUUAUCAACAUGUUAAUGAAAAUGUAAUAUUUUAUAGGAAACUACAUGGACCACUUACUCUAUAAAAAAGCUUAUAGAGCUUCGCAAAGAAAUGGAUCUGCAGUUUCAAAGUCCAAACUGUAAAAAAAUAAAAUUAUGGGGCCGAAUAAGCGAAAAUCUCAAAAAGGAAGGCAUCGAUAUAACAGCAGUAGAGGUGGAUAGGAAGUGGAGAAAUUUAAUGCUGACGUACAGGAGGAGGAAAGACCAGAUGAAACGAUCUGGAGGUGGGCAAGUUCCCUUUUGGGAAUUUCAGGACGAUCUAGAUGCUUUCCUUGCUUCAAAAGCAAGUGUUUCUCCUCCUCCUGAUACGUUAUUAUCAUCAUUAUCCUCAGCAACUGAGGAAAAUGUUGAGGAAAAUGAAGCCUCUACUUCAGACAAUCUCCUGGAGAAAGAACAAGCACCACCAACAAAAAAAAGAAGAAAAGUCUGUUCCAAAGAUGAGCCUCCCAAAUGGUUUCAAGAAUAUAUCAAAAAACAAGAGGAGGUGGAUGAACAACGGUGGAAAAAACUGGAGGAAAUAGAACUACAAAAAUUAAGCAUUUUAAAAAAUAUUUUAAAUAUUGUUCAGAAAAGUAAAAAAGAAUAAAUUUAAAAUGUUUAUAAUCAAAUGUGCUUGUCUCCUAAAUUUUAAUUAAAAACUGGUUUUAUAUAUCGGACUCAAUUAUAAUGAUAAUCAUUUCAACUUUCCAUAGGCAGGGUUAAUGUAAUUCUAGUUCUUUUGCUAAUUUCUCAACUAUUCUCUAAUCCAAUCAUAUCCUGACUAAAAACAAAUUUUCAGGAUAUUUUAGGUUUAUAUUCUCUUAAACUGUUGUUUUUUGUAUGAUAUAAUUACCUGAAUUUUGAAUUUAGAUUUAUCACACUUUAGAUCUCACACUAUCUUUCAAUGUUAUCCAGUCAACAACUUUUUUCAUUUUACUUGAUUUUUACAUAAUUAUUGAAAUGAAAAUAUUUUUUGAAUAUAGUAAGAAAUAAAAUACUGAAUGUUUGUCUUUUAUAAUUUUGUCAGUGAGAUUAA